UGUUACCACUGUGUUUCAUGGUGCAGUGUUAUGUGUGAGAUUUUUUAACUAACUGACCCGAGUGACCACUAGUGACCUCAGUGACCUGUGGUGACCCCUGGGAAGAUUUACGUGCGGAUUUGACGAUAACUCUAGCAGUGCUAAAGUAUGGACUAUCAGGGGAGUUAACACAAGACAGGGCCUAUUCCCUGCAACCUGUUAUAUUGACACAGUGCAUGUGCAUACAGCUUAAUUAUAUUAUACCAAAGCUUACAGUUCUAAUACCAUGUACAUCUGACCCCCUGGCCUUGCUAUUCCGUGAGACCCAUAAGCCUUCCAAGAGCUGUGUUUUUUAAAGGAAAUUCUAUUCCGUCCCAAUAGUCUUUCAAGCUUGUUAUCUUCACGCCUACGUACAAAUAGACGAUGGAAAAAAGUCACUCUCUGACCCUACCAGAAGCGACUCCUGUACAAAGAGAUCUCGGGGCGCGAAGGGAGAUUAACGAGAAUGUUAUUGACAGCGAUGCAUUCCAACAUCGAUACGACUCUGCAUAUAUUGGUCUGCGGCUUCCCAAACGGCCAAGAAGACCACACAAAUCCAAACGUCACCAUGGCGAUAAGACAGCAGUGCCCAACUCUCAGCCAGUUUCUGAUGCUUUCUCCCCUGGCCCAGUUACUGCAGUUCAGCAAUCAAUUUUGCUUGCAGCAAGCCUUACACCAAGUGAGCAGAUACAGUCACUGUUGAGUGAAGCUGAGGACCCGGCACACACUUCCCAUGAUGUCUUCUGUGAGAUGGAUGUCCUCUUCAAGAUGGGGGAGAUUUACCAGUGGAGGGAGACUGCAAGAUGGGUGAAAUAUGAAGAGGAUGUAGAGGAGGGAGGCAUGAGGUGGUCCAAGCCUCACGUGGCCUCCCUCUCCCUCCACUCCCUCUUUGAGCUGAGGAGCAGCUUGACCACAGGUGCCUGUAUGCUGGAGAUGGAUGCUACUAGCAUUCAGCAGGUUGCAGACCUGCUCAUAGACAACCUGAUCAGCCAGAAGCAGCUGGAGGAAUCUCUCCGCGACCAGGUCAGGCUGGCCAUCAUGGCCCAGCACUGCUUCCAGCACCAAAAGCCUCGCAGGAAGGUCUCCACCACCCCAGACCUGGACGGUGGUCAGGCAAUGUUCCGGAAACUCUCCAUGAAGAGGACUUUCUCUGAGAUUGGUCGCACUUUCUCCAUGAAGUCAAAAAAUGAUGCCUUGAACCAGGCCAGAUUAAGAGCUAAUCCCAACAGCCAGCCUAACCUUGAAAUGAUGAAUGGUGACCUGUCAGAAUCCCCAUCUUCCACUAGAAUUAGCCAGAUAAGUCGCCAGAACAGUCUUUUAUCCAAGUUGAAUGAACAUUUCAUGAGAAAAAUUCCAGCAGGAGCAGAGGCAGCAAACAUUUUGGUGGGGGAGUUGGAGUGUCUCAAUUAUCAAGUGGUUGCAUUUAUCCGCCUGUGUGAAGGGAGGAACAUUGGUGACAUCACAGAAGUCCCCAUCCCCACCAGGUUCAUGUUUAUACUCUUUGGUCCACCUGGCAGCCAGCAGAAGAAUGUGGAGAUUGGCAGGUCUAUGUCAACAAUCAUGGUGGAUGAGGUGUUUCGGGAGGUAGCCUAUAAAGCCAGGAACAGGCAGGACAUUUUGGCUGGGGUGGACGAGUUCCUUGACCAGGUGACUGCCCUGCCACCUGGGGAGUGGGACCCCAAGAUUCGGAUAGAACCCCCACAGAGUGUACCCUCACAGGCUCAGCGUAAAGUACCCAAGCCUCCUGUGGGUCAGAUAGCAGAAGAGGAAGAGGAGGAAGAAGAGUCACACUGUGACCCUACUCUACAGCGCUCUGGCAGAUUGUUUGGAGGUCUAGUUGCUGACAUCAAAAGAAAACUGCCGUGGUAUGCCAGUGACUUCAAGGAUUCCCUUCACAUCCAAUGUGUGGCCUCAGUCAUCUUUCUUUAUCUGGCCACCCUUACACCCAAUGUGACCUUUGGUGGACUGCUGGGUCAGGCCACUGACCAGUACAUGGGGACCAUGGAAUGUAUCUUGACAGCGUCCAUUGUUGGCGUCCUGUUUGCCUUGUUCUCUGGCCAACCUCUGAACAUCCUGGGCAGCACCGGUCCCAUGUUGGUGCUGGAGAUGAUCCUCUACCACUUCUGCAAGGAACAAGAGCUAGAUUUCCUCCCCUUUAGAGCUUGGAUAGGUCUGUGGACAGCUUUCCUUCUCAUGCUUAUCGUGGCCUUUGACCUCUCAGCCUUGGUGCGGUACAUCACCAGGUUCACAGAGGAAAGCUUUGCCAGUCUCAUCGCUGUCAUCUUCAUUGUGGAGGCUUUCACUAAGCUCAUUGAGGUUCUCAAAGAUGCCCCAGUGAACUUUGACCCAGACGCCAUCUUGAACUACACCUGCACCUGUCUAGCACCCAACAGCUCUGAGAUUGAGGUCAACAUCAGCAUGAUUGACUUUACCAACUCUUCCAGCAUCAAGGAUACCAUCCUACACUACCUCAUUCUGGAUGAUACUCAGAAUAUAACAUUGGGCAAUGAUACAUUUGACUUCUCCAACCUAAGUAUUGCUAACAUCAACUGGAGUGCCGUCCCAGUCAGCAACUGCUCACACUUUGGGGGAGUUCCAAUCACCGUGGGCUGCAAGACACCCCACUUCAUCCCUGAUGCCUUCUUCCUGUCUGUUCUCUUGUUCCUGGGAACUUUCAUGAUCGCCUCCUCGCUGACCAAUGCAAAGACCAGUGCCUUCUUCCCUACCUUUGUGCGUCAAACUUUGAGUGACUUUGCUGUUCUCAUCGCCAUCAUUGCUAUGGUAACCACAGACAUUCUCAUUGGCAUUCCCACACCCAAACUGUUGGUGCCUACAAAGUUCCAGCCAACCAGAGAUGACCGUGGCUGGUUCAUCAAUCCAAUCAGUGACAAGAACCCAUUCUGGCUGAUCUUUGCUGCCAUCUUGCCUGCCCUGCUGGCUGUCAUCCUCAUCUUCAUGGACCAACAGAUCACAGCCGUCAUUGUCAACAGGAAGGAGAAUAAGCUGAAGAAAGGAUCUGGCUACCACCUGGACAUGUUUGUUGUGGCUAUCUGUAUCGCCAUCUGCUCCCUGCUGGGGCUACCCUGGUAUGUGGCUGCUACUGUGUCUGCUCUGGCCCAUGUCAUGAGCUUGAAGAAGGAAUCUGAGUGUACAGCACCAGGGGAGAGACCCACCUUCCUAGGUGUCAGAGAACAAAGAGUUACAGCUCUGUUGGUUGGUCUACUCAGUGGAACCUCUGUGUUGUUUACACAUGUGCUUCAGUUCAUUCCAAUGGCUGUCUUGUAUGGCGUCUUCCUCUAUAUGGGUGUGGCUGCUCUCAAAGGCAUGCAGUUCAUUGACAGACUGCUGCUGUUCUUUAAGCCAGCUAAGUACCAACCAGACUACAUCUACCUGCGCCACGUCCCCAUCAAGCGUGUCCACAUCUUCACCGUCAUCCAGAUCAUCUGUCUGGCCGUCCUGUGGGUCAUCAAGUCCGUCAAGUCAGUCUCAAUCAUCUUCCCCAUCAUGGUGCUGGGAACCUGCUUUGUACGUAAGGCCAUGGACUACAUCUUCACCCAGAGGGAGCUGAAGUGGCUGGAUGACCUGAUGCCUGAAGCCACGAGGAAGGAGAAGGAAGAUGAGAGGAAGAAGAAGCUUCAGGAGCUGCAGACUGUCCCUGAUGAUGAGGAUGAUGCUCUGAUUCAUGAAGAAAACUAUGACAAGCUCAUGGAGAUCAGGAUAGACAGACUUGGAGAUAACAGACUUACAAACAGACAUUCUGGUGUUAGACGUGGAUCCCUUGAUACCGAUAGAGUCAACAUUAGUGAGGAAGUGGCCCGCACUGGGAUUUGGAUGCAGAUUAGGAGAGACUCCAAGAGUGCUUUGGCUGAUGUUGAGGACUUCCAGAAUAGUCGUCACAAGAAGAAGCGCCAUGAAAAAUCUAACGGCAGAGACUACAAAUCCUCCAACAAAGAUAAAGAGAGCGAAGAGACCACACCCCUCCAUGAUGAGAAGAAUGACAGCCCACCUACAAACAGAAACGGUGGGGCGCCACCAACUUUUUACAUGGGAGAAGAAGAAGAAGAUCACAAAGUCUAGCACCAGAGUUAGGAGAUUCCAGUUAAAUCUAUCAGCUUAUUCAAACUGUAUAACCGUUGGGUUAUAUUUUUUUUCGCAGCUCCUAUUAAAAUUAUCUGCCCUUUGUAAGGAAGACAACAAGCAACUACUAGAUCUGUUGCGCCAGUUGGCCUUAAGUAGGUAACUAGUCAAAAAACCUUCAGUCAGGAGCUACCUAAUUCACAAGUCGGAAAUGUUCGAUUGUAAUUUUAUGAACAAACAAUAGGUGUUGUUUAAAUAAAAAUUAUUAUUGAAAGCUGUUCAAUGAAAAAAAUUGAAUGCAUUUAUUUACCAAGGGACCAAUUUUGAUAUUUUUAAAAAAAGAGUCACUUCAGUUUAUUUACAUUAUUUAAAAUCAAUGUUGAUUACAUACAUUUAAUUAGUUAGAUUUUAAUUCCUAUUUAAAAAUACAUAUUAGAGGAUAUUUUAUGGUAAAAGUGUAUGUUAUUAUAUCAUUUGCUUUGGUUUAUAUUUAAGCUACAUCUAAUUGGUGUAAAUAUUAUUUCAGACAUUUUUAUGAUUUUAACUAUUGCAUACAAGAAUAUUGUAUUUCUAAUUUAGAUAUACCUAGAAGAGGAUGAUUUUGUUGUAUUAAAAACUAUUAUAUAAUUUUGAUAAAUGGCUAUUUUGUUAGUGGUUAUAAAUAUAUAUCAGCAAGUUAGGAAUCUCAUUUUAUAAGAUUUUGGAGA